AUCCCCGGCUACUGAAUAUCAAGAAUUCCAUUCAGAGAAGAAAGAGAGACACACCCUCACAUUUGAUGUCCUAUAUCUCCUCUUCAUUAUUUCACACAAACUCUACUUUCUGGUGACUGGGGAGAACAAUUCUCAGAGAGCAAAAGAGUAACCAUGUUAAGGUCAUCACCUCGAAGGAGCCAGAGAUCUAAAGGUUUUAAGGUAAAGCAUGCAGUACAAGUCUGUCUUUUGGUUGGUGUGGGCAUUUGGCUGCUUUACCAAGUCAGGCAUUCUCGCGAUAAGAAGGUGGCAUAUGAAGAGAGCACUAAAAGCAGGAAUGAUGUUACAAAAUUAGGGAGAAAGGACCUCAACCCAGAAGUGGAGGAUCCACCAAUUCGAGAUAUGAGGCACAAGGAAGAGGAAGAAGAUGAAGACGAAAAGAAUAAAGAAAAAGAAAGCAAGCCUGAGGUGGAUGAUAAGGCAAGUGGGGAGGAUGAGAUACAUGAUCAAGAUCCAGAGAAGAAUGAACAGGCCGAUGGGCAUAGAGAAGUUUCUACAGAUGGACACAAGGAAGGAGAAGAGAGCGAGGAAAAUGUCACUGGGGAUAAGUCGAAAGAAGAGAGUCUUGCAAAUGUUAUUGAAGAGAAGGUGAACGAAGACAGCAAGGAGAAUUCUGGUGAAGACAGUAGGACAGAAGAGAGCAAGGAAAAUUUUAUUAAGUAUAAGUUGAAAGAAGAGAGCAUUGAAAAUGUUAACGAAGAGAAGGCGAGCCAAGAGAGAAAGGAGAAUUCUGGUGAAGACAGUGAGACUGAAGAGAGCAAGGAGAAGGAUGAUGAAGGCAAGGAAAGCAAAGUGAGUUUAGAGAUGGACAGUGAUAUCAGUAAAGAGAAGAAUGGUGAAGAAGAUGAGAAUAAGGAGAGCAAAGUUACGGAAAGUGAAGAGGCCAAAGAGAACAGACCCGAAGAAAAGGAAAGUUUAGAACAGAAUCAACAGAGUGAGGAUAAAGAGGCUGGAGAAGGAAACAAUGUGAUGGAAAAUCAAGAAAGAGAGAUAGAAGAGAAGGAGGUAAAGAGUGAGGAGUCAGGUUCGUCAAAUAAUCAGAUUCCUGAUGGAAAUGAGAAGAAAAUUGAGGAUGCAAGGGAACAACAUUACAAGGGGGAUGAUGCUUCAAGUGAAGUUGCCCAUGAAACUCAAAUUUCAUUGAAUGAAAACGAGCACAGUGAUCUGGGUGGCUCUAAUGGGGAAGAAAAGGUAGAAAACAGUCAGUCGAAUGAGUCUGAGGUUGACACCAAAACAAAUAUAGAUAUGGUAAGUGACAAACAGAAUGACUUGUUCUCUAAUCAGGGAGGAAAUGAAAUGCUAGAAAAUAAUGAUUCCACGAAUGCAACUACAAGCGAGGAGGAUAAAAACAAGACUAAUAUGCAAGAGGAGGAGGUUGGUCACCAUAAUUCCACAAUUGCUAUGGAAAUUGAAGAACUGCAACAGGAUGCAAGUAUUACAGAAACUCUUGGUUCAUCCCUGCAGAAUGGGACUAGUACAGUUCUGAAUGAAAAUGAGAGACUUAAUGAAACAGUAUCAAAAGGAGAUGACUCUCCCUUACUGGAACAAACUGAGAAUAAUAACCCAGUCACAAAUUAUAAGCAAUCAUCUGAGGGUGCUAUGCAUUUCAUAAAGGAAGAUGAAGCUAAUAAGGAGUCUACUGAUUCCUCUGCCACCAUUGGAUUAAAUGCAUUGAAUGGACAGAUUGAUGACUCAAAUACAUCUACUUCAGAAGAGACCAAUUCUGCUACUUCAUUGACAAGCAAGAACAAUGAUGCAGUUCAGACUGAGAACUCCAACAAUGAUUCUGAAGUAGAGGGGACAAACAAAAAUGUCCUAACGUCAAAUGCAAAUGACAAUGCCGAUUCUGGACAAAAGGUGCAAGUUGUUUCUUCAGAGUCUUCAACCACUCAGGAGGCAUACAACUCAAAAGGCAAUGCUGAUGCAGGCCAGAAUACUGAUGCAUCUGAUUCCUCAACUUUCCAAGAGAAACUCACAUCCUCAAAUGCAAACAACAAUGCUGAUGCGGAUCAAAAGGAACAAGUUGAUUCUACAGAGUCUUCGAGCUUUCAAGAGACACAUGCAUCGUCAAACACAAACAACAACCCCGAUGCAGCGCAGAGUGUAGAUACUACUGAUUCUUCAGCCUUCCAAGAUGCUAACAACAGCGCUGAUGCAGGUCAGAAUGAGGGUGAGAAUGCUGUUCAAAGUGCUGAUAUGAAUCAAAAGGAGAGUGAGAACACUGGUCAGAGCAACACCAAUGACAAUGGCAAUGCAAAUCAGAAUGUUGAUGAAGGACUAAAGGAGUCAUUUUGAUUCUUCUAGUUCUUGAGCCUCCCAACAGAAGAAGAAGAAGAAGGG